AUGCUGCAGGUCUUCCUUAACAGCGUCACCCGCUCGGGCUGCUUCGCCCAAAUCGCGGCCAAGCUGGAGAUCAUGGAGCCAUGCUCAUCCGUAAAGGACCGCAUUGCGCUGUCGAUGAUUGAGAACGCAGAGCGGGAAGGCCUGAUCAGCCCCGGCAAGACCGUGCUGAUCGAACCCACCAGCGGCAACACUGGCGUUGGCCUAGCGUUUGUGGCGGCCUGCAAGGGUUACAAGCUGGUGCUUACCAUGCCCGACACCAUGUCCAUAGAGCGGCGCGUGCUGCUGCAGGCGUUUGGGGCGGAGCUUGUGCUCACAGAGGGCAAAAAGGGCAUGACGGGCGCCAUCCGCAAGGCGGAGCAGAUGGUGGCGUCCACGCCGGACGCCUAUAUGCUGCAGCAGUUUGACAACCCCGCCAACCCGGCCACCCAUUACCGCACCACCGGCCCCGAGAUCUGGCGGGACACUGCCGGCAACGUUGACAUCCUCGUCGCAGGCGUCGGCACGGGCGGCACCAUUACAGGUGCUGGGCGAUUCCUCAAGGAACAGAAGCCGUCUGUGCAGCUGGUGGCAGUGGAGCCCACAGAGUCGGCCGUUCUCAGCGGCGGCAAGCCCGGCUACCACCAAAUUCAAGGCAUUGGGGCAGGGUUUGUCCCCAAGGUGCUGGACGUCAACAUUCUGGAUGAGAUCAUAAAGAUCAGCAGCAAGGAGGCGGUGGAGAUGGCGCGGCGCCUCGCCCUGGAGGAGGGCCUCCUCUGCGGCAUCAGCAGCGGCGCGGCCGUCGCGGCUGCGCUCAAGGUCGCCCGGCGCGCGGAGAACAAGGGCAAGCUGAUCGUGGCGGUGCUGCCCAGCUUCGGGGAGCGUUACCUGUCAACGGUGCUGUUCAACACGCUCUGGUCCUUUGACGCGGACGCGGAGAAGAGCAUGCCGAACUCGUGGCGCCAGGUGUCGGGCGCAGAGCGGCCGACCACGGUGGAGCCGAAGCUCUGA